GGCCGCGGCACCCUCGACGCGUGGCGGAGGUGGAGCGAGAGAGGCUGCUGACCGCUCAGCCAGCCUCGCCGGCGCGCGGUCUGCCUGCAGGCGCCUGGGACGGAGGACCCGAGGAGGCGAGGCUCCGGGAGCUGGCCCCCCUCGUGUUUCUGGAGGAGGACGCGGGGCCACAGCGGCAGCUUGUAGAGUUGGCCAACGCCUCGAAGGCGCGCAUGGCCCAGAUCUACGAUGAGGUCACCGCCCGCUUCGGCUCGGAGGUCGCCGCCGCCGUCGCGGAGUGCGAGGACGAGUACGAGAGUUUCGAUGCCGAGCUCGAGCAAGUGCUGCUCCAGGCCUACCAGGAGCGGGUGCAGAGCGCUGCCGACAUGCAGAAGCUGCAGCUGGCGAUGUGCCGGUGGCGGCUGGACUACCAGAGCGCCUUCCACCAGCACUGCAGCACCCUCGGGCUCCGGCCCCCGCCGCCGGAGGACCCCGGCGCCCGCGCGGGGGAGCGGCGGGCCGCGGAGGCUGCCCGGGAGCAGGUGCUGGCGCUCUGGGAGCAGAGCGGGGCGGCCUCGCAGGAGAUCCAGAGGUUUCUCGAGCGGGUGGUCGACUCCGUGGUGGUCGGCGGCAUGGGGGAGCUGGUGAUAGAGGCCUACGAGGUCGAUCUCGCGCGGGGUGUGUGGCAUGCAGGAGGAGCUAAGGUCGUUGAACAUGCAUGCCCUCCUCAACUGCGCCGGGGAUCGCGAGCAGCUUGACGCCCUGCUCGAGGCCCUUGACGGCCAGCGCGGCGAGGGGUGGUAGGGCACGACGACUCCAUGAGCGCCGCUGCAGCUGCCAGGCGCGCCCC